GGGGAGAGAGAGCACUGACUGCACGCCCGCAGAUGAGCAUCAGUGAUCUGUGAUCUCCUUCAGAUGAGCAUCAGUGAUCUGUGAUCUCCGUCAGAUGAGCAUCAGUGAUCUGUGAUCUCCGUCAGAUGAGCAUCAGUGAUCUGUGAUCUCCGUCAGAUGAGCUUCAGUGAUCUGUGAUCUCCUUCAGAUGAGCAUCAGUGAUCUGUGAUCUCCUUCAGAUGAGCAUCAGUGAUCUGUGAUCUCCGUCAGAUGAGCAUCAGUGAUCUGUGAUCUCCGUCAGAUGAGCAUCAGUGAUCUGUGAUCUCCGUCAGAUGAGCAUCAGUGAUCUGUGAUCUCCUUCAGAUGAGCAUCAGUGAUCUGUGAUCUCCGUCAGAUGAGCUUCAGUGAUCUGUGAUCUCCUUCAGAUGAGCAUCAGUGAUCUGUGAUCUCCUUCAGAUGAGCAUCAGUGAUCUGUGAUCUCCUUCAGAUGAGCAUCAGUGAUCUCCGUCAGAUGAGCAUCAGUGAUCUGUGAUCUCCGUCAGAUGAGCUUCAGUGAUCUGUGAUCUCCUUCAGAUGAGCUUCAGUGAUCUGUGAUCUCCUUCAGAUGAGCAUCAGUGAUCUGUGAUCUCCAUCAGUAUGUGGUGUUUCUCGUCAUCUACGAGGCUCUCGUCUCUUCGCAGGAGCAUCGGCAUCCCACACACAUGUGCAGCGCUCAAACAAACCCCCGUCCGUCAGCACAGGUCCAGCAGUACGACAGUGGAGAAGAGCACCGAGUCCUACAGUUAUGUGAUCGUCGGAGCUGGGUCUGCCGGCUGUGUUCUGGCCAACCGUCUGUCGGAGAACCCGUCGGAGUCGGUGCUGCUUCUGGAAGCCGGACCCAAAGACAAGCAUCUGGGAAGCACUCGCCUGUCCUGGAAGAUCCACAUGCCCGCCGCUCUGACCUAUAACCUCUGUGACGACAGCUACAACUGGUUUUACCACACACUGCCUCAGGCACACAUGGAGGACAGGGUGAUGUACUGGCCCCGGGGUCGGGUUUGGGGCGGCUCGUCCUCGCUCAAUGCCAUGGUGUACAUCCGGGGCAACGCCGAGGACUAUAACCGCUGGCAGCGCGAGGGCGCCGAGGGCUGGGACUACGACCACUGCCUGCCGUACUUCCGGAAGGCUCAGACUCACGAGCUCGGGCCGGACCGGUACCGGGGAGGAGACGGCCCACUGCAUGUGACCCGAGGGAAGACGGAUCACCCUCUACACCACGCGUUCAUCUCAGCGGGCCAGCAGGCCGGAUACCCCUUCACCGAGGACAUGAACGGCUUCCAGCAGGAGGGAGUGGGCUGGAUGGACAUGACCAUACACAGAGGUAAGCGAUGGAGCACAGCUAGCGCUUAUCUGCGGCCCGCGCUGGCCAGACCCAACCUGAGCACAGAGGUGCGCUGCAUGGUGACCCGAGUCCUGUUCGACGGGACCCGCGCGCGAGGGGUCGAGUACCAGCAGAACGGACACACCAAACAGGUGUUUGCUGAUAAGGAGGUCAUUCUCAGCGGCGGAGCCAUAAACUCUCCACAGCUCCUCCUGCUGUCUGGAGUGGGAAACGCAGAUGAGCUUCGCAAACACGAUAUUCCGGUGACACAGCAUCUCCCAGGUGUGGGCUGUAAUCUUCAGGACCAUCUGGAGCUGUACGUGCAGCAUCGCUGUACUCAACCCAUCACGCUCUACAGAGCCCAGAAGCCCCUCCACAUGCUGAAGAUCGGCCUGGAGUGGCUGCUCAAAUUCACAGGUUACGGAGCGACGGCUCAUCUGGAGAGCGGCGGGUUCAUCCGCAGUCGUCCCGGCGUUCCUCAUCCUGACAUCCAGUUCCAUUUCCUCCCCUCUCAGGUCAUCGAUCACGGACGCGUCCCUUCCCAGGUCGAGGCCUUCCAGGUUCACGUUGGACCCAUGAGGAGCACGAGUGUCGGGUGGAUCAAGCUGAAGAGUAAAGACCCGAAGGCUCACCCGAUCAUCCAGCCGAACUACCUCUCCACCGACGCUGACGUGUGGGAGUUCAGAGAAAGCGUUAAGCUGACGAGGGAAAUCUUCGCUCAGAAAGCCUUCGAUGCGUUCCGGGGCCCUGAGGUUCUGCCGGGCCCCGGGGUCCAGUCCGACGCUGAGAUCGACGCGUUCGUGCGGCGUAAAGCGGACAGCGCCUACCACCCGUCCUGCACCUGUAAGAUGGGCGCCCCGGGGGACGGGGGGGCGGUGGUGGGGCCGGACCUGCGGGUGCACGGGCUCCAGGGCCUUCGGGUGGUGGACGCCUCCGUCAUGCCCAGCAUGCUCAGCGGGAACCUCAACGCCCCCACCAUCAUGAUCGCGGAGAAGGCGGCGGACGCCAUCAAAGGCCUUCCCUCGCUUCACGACCCGGGGGUUCCCGUGUACCGGCCCGCCAGUCUCCACACGCAGAGAUGACAUCAUCAGACCAAUAACAUCCACGCGCAGAGAUGACAUCAUCAGACCCAUAACAUCCACAGGCAGAGAUGACAUCAUCAGACCAAUAACAUCCACACGCAGAGAUGACAUCAUCAGACCAAUAAC